GCAUAAGAUCAUGCCACCUGCCUGGUCCUGCUCUAAAAAACCUUAAAGAACGCUCAAGUGUCACAAGUGGGGAGCCCUGGUGAAUGCAGCUGACCAGCCCACAUGAACAGUAAGCGUGCCUGCGGGUGCAUAGAGCAAGAUGCCACACUUUAUCAGACGGUUGCUAUAAGUUGCUUUGGGGUGAUUCAGUGUUCGGCUUUUGUUGAAGUGAGAUCAGAACCAAAACCCCAAACUCACCAAAAGUUACUUUCUGACCUGACUAACAAUAUCAGAGCUAGCAAAAACAACAAAGACACAUCAUCUCAGUGGGAAAGUUCAAAACCAGCUGGGCAGAAUGAGAAAUCUUUAGCAUAGAACAAUUAGUCCUAUAAGGACAUUUCCACUUUAAUUUCAACAGAUUCUGCCUCUAAAGAAAGCAGCAGUUUGUCUAUUGAGGAACCUGGAAAAGCAGAGGCAUCAUCCUUAUUAGAAGAUCAUUACAGAAACAUAAAUAGUCUGCAAGACAAUAUGGAUGUCACAAACACACUUAAAUCUCAAGGCAACCACGGCUGCACAAAGUACAUGUCAGAAAAUACAAGAGACUCAGUUUAUGUUAACACUGUAGCUAGUGAGACUGCUGAAAAAGCAGGCAAAUGCUACAGCAAUGUAAAUCCCAAAGCAACCAAUCUGAUCACUAAUCACAACGACAACCAUUGUUUUUAUUCUGAUGUCUUAACUUCUCGUCAGACCCCUGAAGAUGCCAAGGCACGUGAACAAAGUAUCCUCAAUAAGCCCCUUGCCAAGAAUACACUGUCUGAUGAUCAAGCAAAUAUUCCUAUAGGAAAACAUAACUACUUUGUAGAAGAUGCCUCUAACAACUGUGACACUAAGCUUCAUCCAUACACAAAUCUGAUCACAGUUGAUGAACUUUCUGACAAUAAACUUGAGUACCUGGAAUGUUCUGAUGUGAUGACAGCUCAUGAAAAUGAAAUCUGGGAAAAGAAACUGCAAUUUUUAUUAGAAAGUGAUGAUGAAGAAGAUAUAAAACGGGGUGAGGAUUGUUAUGGGUGUGAUUAUUUCCUCAGUGAAAUGCCUCAUCUGUUUCAAGUGUCAGAUAACACUGUGCCUAUGGAUACCACCAUUGGCUUCUGUGGUCAUCAGUCAAAAUCCAAAGAAGUAGCUGUAAGGAGAGAUCUCUCUACAUACAGUCAGUCAACUUUGCGAACAGGGAUGACCCUUACUGUUGGAUACCACCAAGAUAAAACUACCACAAUGAAAGACAAAAUCAAGUAUAUGCUUCCCAUUGCUUCUACAGCAAUUGAAAAUGAUUGCCUUAGAAUUGAAGAAGAAAAUACCACAGGUAACUAUUCAGCUGCAAAUUUCCCCACUGACAGAUCACAGGACGUGGAUCAUGUACUUGCAGAUAUGGAGCCAGCCUCUUCUGGCUUAGGUGGCUCUUUGACAAAUCAGGCUUCUAAGACAAUGACAGCAAAUAGCCUGGAUGGAGGCAUGCUAAAUAAAAGCUCACAGGAGUUAGAUGAAGUGAAGAGAAAACGGGCAGAGGAAAAAUCUAAGGAUGUUGUAUUGAAUCUGAUAGAAAGACUCAGAAGAGACCUUUUGAAGCUGCUAAACCCCAAAGAGCUCUGCAAAUAUCUAACUGUCACAGGAGAAUCUGCUCAAACUGUAAUUGGGGGUAUGGAUUCCAGUGUACUGUUUCCUGGUCAAGAAGGUGUUACUUCAACACAAAGACCUCAAGAGAUAGACAGCCUGCAAAUCCAGACUGGUUUAUGUCCUACAGAGAAGGCAGACAAUAACUGCCCUGGGGAUGGGGAGUGGAGCAGGACCCUGUCUGAGAAAACUCAGGUGCCAAAUGAAAGCACCUCAUCCAGUAAGCAAGAAACAAACCUCAAAAGCUUGACACAAGGCUAUAAGGAACAGUCUACGAAACCUGAAAUAGACAAAAGAUUCAAUGUCAUGACUUCUCCAACAAGUGACAGUGCACCAGCCAGCCUUCCAGCUUUGGAAACAAAUAGCAGUGAAAACCUAUUGCAAACGGAACAUACCACAUUACAAAUCUGCACUGAUCUAAAUGCUCCCCACGAUAUGGGGCACAGCAAACAGCAACUGCCGUGCUGGGACCAAAGAAUUAAUAUUACAAGUAACAAUACUGCAUCAAGCAGUGACAUCUCACCCUGUUUUUUACAGGACACCAGCUCUGUUACAAAUAAGCAAGCAAGUGCUUGUGCUGUCCUUGCUCCUACAGAUAUAUGUGACGAGCAAAGGAACAGAAGGAAAACAUCUACUGCUAAUUUUCAUGACAGCAGCAAUGCAAAUACCUUCUAUGAUGAACUGUGUGAUCAAUAUGUGUUUGAAGCAGACUGCCAAGCCGUCCUGGAAUCUGUGAAACCUGAGUGUGGAGGCAGUGAUUUAUUGGCAGUACAUGAUGAGCUUCUGAAACUUCUCUGUGAAGAAGAUUCAGACUAUCCCUUCCCAUAUGAAAACAAAGGGGUCACAAGCCUAGAAAUUAGACCUGCAGUUGUCGAAGCCUCAGAAUUACACUUUACAGAAGCAGCCUGUACUGAACAUCCUGUGCUAGUAAAUAUGACAGAAGAUAAUGAACCUGUCAUAGGUCUGGCAAGUGAAUUAGGAACAGAAAAGGAGGACCGUAGUGAUUCCAAUGGCCUGCUAAAAACAGAUGAAGCAUGUAGCAGCACAUCCAUAGGAAAGAUUUCUCUUUCACAAAUUGUGGAAACAGAUGGUAUAUGUCUGUGUUCCAGCUUUGGAAAUAAAGCAGAAGCACCAGCCAUUCAUUCUUUAACAAAUGAUAUCUUAAAUGCAGAGGAGGGCUCAGAGCUGGAGGCAAACAAAACAUUAACUAAUGUUAAUGGCUCUAUUCAAAUAUCUGCUGCACAGAAAGGGAAGCUUAGUGAUGAUAAUUCUUUCCAGUCUUGUGAUACAGAAUCUCCUCAAAGAUUAAUGACUGCUCAGAGUCCUCACUUAGAGCGGGACCAAGAAAACCCAAUGUAUAUAAUGGAUGAUUCUAUCAGUCAGUUACUUUGCAUUGAACAGAACAUACAUUUCAUAAAUGAUUCUAUAGCUAAGUGUAGAAAUGAACUGUCCACUGAAGACACUCAUGAUACACAUUGUCACCCAGCAAGAAACGAGGACACUAAUCCUGACUUUGAACAAAAAGACAAGUUUUUCAGAAAUGCCUCCUGUGAAAAUACCAGUCAAUUUACACGUGAAAAGCACCCAUCGGUUACAGCAGGCAGUAAAAGUUCUGAAGAGAAUUGUCAUGGGAAAGAAAAUGAGUCAGACCAGAACACUGCAAAUGACAGUAAUUCUGAUCCUUCAAGAGAUAAUGACAGGAAAGCUUUUCAAGCUGCUUCAGAUGCACAGGACUGCAGUCAUCUAAUGUAUCUGCAUAGCUCAGUCAUGAGUCCUGAAUCUGCAACAUCUAGAGAUGCAUCAGAAAACGUAGCUCAGGUUCACAAGACAGCAGAGAUAAGUGUGGAAGAAAAGGCCUCAACAGAGGAUCAGUUUAUAAGUGAAAUGUUCCUGGAAAAAUCCAAAGAUGAAGAAAAUAAAAUGGACAAAGGUAAGAAGGAUCUUGGAUUAGAUGAUAAGCAAAAGACUGUGAUUUUAGCUGUUCCUAUACUGAACCAUAUUUCAGAAUGUCAGCCUUCAGAUUCUUAUUACAGUGCAUCAGAAGGAAAUGCCACCUCUUUUGACCAGGGUUUUGAGACUUGGGGAGAGUUAACAAUGGUUUCUCCAGUAAGUAACACUUGUAAAUCUGGAAAUGUAGCAAUACUUAGUAUCAUUCAACCAGCAAGCAUAGGAAAUGAAUACAACAGUACAGCUAACCAAGAUUGUAAAGAUACCACUGAUAUGGUAGACAAUUCCAUCCUUGGUACCCAACAAGCAAAUCUAAGAGAAACUUUAACUAUAAAACCCAGGAACCAAACUGAAGGACCAUCUGUCAACACAUGGGCAAUGGCAUGCUCUAGUGUAGAAAAUCUAGUGCAGCCAGAACCCACCCAAAUGAAAAUAAAGACUGAGGAAAACUUCAACAAGUUGGAAACCAUGUCAGAGCCACUGCAGGACCAGUGCCAUGCUAUUGCUGAUGAAAACAAGGAUGAGGCAAUUUUGUGUAAAAAGAAAACUGAACAAAUCCAAAAAGUCACUGACUAUAGUUCAGAUGAAGUUGAAGUGGAGCCUUAUAUGCGUGCUUUGAUUAAUGCAGAUGAAGAGGAGCAUAUUAGGAAUUACAGCCCUGGACAGUCCCAUUCAGACAGAACACCUUCCAGUCAGCAGUUUGGAGCAUCUGUUAACAUGCCUGGGAUUGAAUAUGCAAUUGAGGCUACUCAGCAUAAUAAAAAUGAGGAAUUCACAGCUGGAGAGAGUCAAAACUUGAUUCCAUCAACAUGCUUAACAGGGGGGUUAGUAAGUCCCCCAAUAUGUGUCUCAGAGAACACCCAUCAUUUGCAGGAACAGCUACUCCAAAGCAAAUCUCAGCAGUUCACAUUACCAGUGACCAUAGAUGGUUCACUCACAUCCAGAGAAAAGAGGACAAAGACUCAAGAGGGAUCAAAACCCUGCAAAGUAUCACAAGCUCUUGCUGGGCCAGAGGAUAUGAAGAGUAAGCAAAAAGUAAUAUGUAAUGGGCCACUAGCUGAGGGGGCUAAGAAGAAAAUGCCAUCAAAAAAACCCCGACAAGAAGAAAAAGAAAACGUCAGUAAGAACUCCAGCUGUGUUAAAAAAGUCCUGAAAGCAGAAGCAGGUGCAGUUCAUAGAGAAGACAGGGUGGAGACAAUAAAAUUACCUUCCAGAAAGGACAGUAAAGGUUCGGAAGAGAUCGAAUUUGUACAGCUCAUGUUCAGAGACAACUUAAUCAAUGAUGGCUAUCUGGGUGGCAACUUGCAUGGGAAAAUGGCAACAGAAGAGUUACACUUUGGUGAAGGCAUGCACCGGAAAGCAUUUCGAAGUAAAGUAAUGCAAGGCCUAGUGCCUGUAUUCAGCCCAGGUCAUCCCUGUGUUCUUAAAGUACACAAUACUGUUAUAGCAUAUGGGGCCAAAAGCAAGGAUGAAAUUGUUCAAAGGAACUACAAGCUAGCCAUGCAGGAAUGUGAUGUUCAAAACACUGCGAGAGAGUAUGCCAAGAUAUAUGCAGCAGAAGCAGAACCUUUAGAAGGCUUUGGAGAAGUGCCUGAGAUCAUUCCUAUUUUCCUUGUUCAUCGCCCUGAGAAUAACAUCCCUUAUGCAACAGUGGAAGAAGAACUGACUGGAGAUUUUGUUAAGUACUCGAUCAAAGAUGGCAAGGAAAUAAACUUUAAGAGAAAAGACUCAGAAGCUGGUCAGAAGGGUUGCACCUUUCAACACUGGCUGUAUGAGAAAACCAACGGAAGCUUGCUUGUUACAGAUCUGCAAGGUGUAGGAAUGAAGUUAACGGAUGUUGGCAUAGCAACACUGGCCAAAGGAUACAAAGGCUUUAAAGGCAACUGCUCCAUUUCCUUCAUCGAUCAGUUCAAAGCCCUCCAUCAGUGCAAUAAGUAUUGUGAGAUGCUGGGGUUAAAAUCUCUUCGGGCCAAACAGAGGAAGCCAACAGUGAUGAAAAGCAAAGUUCAGUCAGCCUUACCUAAUGCAAAGAAAAUGGUGUGCAGCAUACAUACAACAAAGAAAACAUAGAGACUUCAUUUCUUUAAAGCAUCUGGUAAAAACUGAACCACUUUGUAAGAACUCUCCAGAAGCAUGCACAGAUACCGAAGGGCAUGAGUACGGAGUGUGAGCUUUCAGAGUUUUGAAGCCAUUCUUUGAUAACAGCAACAAAGAACAGCUGAGUCCAUGGCUUACCCAGCUAAACUUCAAAGCAAGUGAAAGCCAUUUUUCACAAGACAAACUCAGCUCUGUCUGGAUUAAUUUUCAAGCAUUUUUAUAUACGUCAAUGCCUGUCUAGAUCGGUGCGCUUGCACAUUUUGUUUCUUGGAAUCUGCGUACAAGGAGAGCACUCCUCCUCUCCUGGCAACAACUACAGGUUUGGCUCAGUGAUACCACGGCAUUCUGCUACAACACAAGCAUAAAACUAUGAUGACCAUGCAGUAAAGGUUUUGCACUAGCGCUCAGUACUGGCAGUGGCAUCAAAAUUGUAUCAGGAUAUUUGUUUUAUUUCCUAAUUCUUUGUGAACAGUUGCAAUCCUUAUGAUACUCAUAUUCUUUGAUGUAUUUUUUUUCCAAUUAAACUCCUUGUAAAAGAAGAUUAAGCCAUGUGGGGAUUUUGAUGCACAUUUGUUCUCCAGACAGUCUCAAAGCCUGAGCUACCAACUCUGUAGCUUUUCUUAAAAUGUGAACUCACCCAAUUGGAAAAAAUCCUAUGACUGGAUAGCAACUCUGCCUUUCUUAUUCACAAAAUAAUCUUAAUCCAAACUACUACAAGAAAAGAUUGGUGAAGCAGGAAAGUACAGAGAUCUUAAAAUCAGAUUUUAAAAAAAGUA